UCAGUUCCCGGUCGUCGGGCGCGUGACUAACGUCAAACGGCUCCGCUGGCCAAACGCGUUGCUCCCGUACGAGCAGCGCGCGUGUGUUGCUUACGUUUCUCUCUCUCUCUCUUUCGCUCUCUUUUACUAGCAACUCGCAUCACUUGUUAUUCUCAAUUAUCACGGUCGUUCGCGCAAAUUAAUUGUCGUGUUGAUCGAACAUUUGCACGGACGAUUAACAAUUCGAUAAAUAUACACGCGCAUAAACGUCAAUUUGUUUCUUCUAUCAUGUUACGAAUACAAACAUUAUUUGACAAGAGUUGAAAACUUUUUAUAUUUUUGGAUACGCGAUGUUAGUCAACACACGUUUCGAAAACGUUUUUCUGAGGUUUUCUAUCGAUAAUGCGAGUUUACUGCGUAAGUGCUACUUUUCCAGUGCUGUUGAUGAUUCUUCGAACGUGUUGAUUUUCGUGACAGCAUGCUGACGAAAUACUACCGUUGAAAUCGAAAAUUCGUGCGGUUGUUCUCGUAUUACAAGGAUCAUGUGCGUCGACAAGUGGAUUUUGACUUUUGGUGUGGUCGCGUUCGGGAUUCUCGGACGUGCUGAGGCCUGGACGCAUCAGUGGGCUGCUCAUAUCGAGGGAGGUAGCAGAGUCGCGAGACAAGUCGCCGAGGAUCAUGGAUUUAUUUAUGCCGAUCCGAUUAUCGGAGAUUGGCACCAUUUGGUGCAUCGAUCUGUGAAGAAGAGGUCAACCGAGCCGCAUUUAGAAGUGCAUCGUCGACUGACGAAAGACCCAAGAGUUCGAAGAGCCGAACAGCAGCGAGCCAAGUCCCGAUCGAAGAGGGAUCUCAUUGAGAUAUGUCCAGAGAGUCCGCAAAUCUGGUUCAACGACAAGGGAUGGCCCGUUACGUGGUACGCGAACCGUGGCCAUUGCCUCGACAUGAAUGUCAUACCGGCCUGGCGCGAGGGCAUCACCGGACGAGGAGUCGUCAUCUCGAUUCUCGACGACGGUCUCGAAACGGAUCAUCCGGACCUGAUUGCCAAUUACGAUCGUUAUGCGAGCUAUGACGUAAAUAGCCACGACGACGAUCCAAUGCCGAGAUACGACAUGAUCGACAGUAAUCGACACGGUACAAGAUGCGCCGGUGAAGUUGCAGCGGCUGCGAACAAUUCGAUUUGUUCAGUCGGCAUCGCGUACGGCGCUUCUAUCGGUGGCGUCCGAAUGCUCGACGGUGAUGUGACUGAUGCUGUGGAAGCGAAAUCCCUCAGUCACCAUCCUCAACACAUCGACAUUUACAGCGCUUCUUGGGGUCCCGAUGACGACGGCAAAACCGUUGAUGGCCCUGGGGAGCUCGCGACCAGAGCUUUUAACGAAGGCAUCACCAAGGGCCGCAAGGGAAAGGGCUCGAUAUUCAUCUGGGCGUCAGGAAACGGUGGUCGUGAUCAUGACAACUGCAACUGCGACGGUUACACCAACAGCAUAUGGACAUUGUCGAUAAGCAGCGCAACGGAAAACGGCCUUGUACCGUGGUACAGCGAGGCGUGUUCGUCAACCCUUGCAACAACCUACAGUUCAGGCUCAACCGGUGAGAGACAGGUUGUAACUACGGAUUUACAUCAUCAGUGUACGAACAAUCACACAGGGACCUCAGCCUCGGCACCCCUUGCCGCUGGAAUCUGUGCUCUCGCCCUCGAAGCUAAUCCGAAUCUAACCUGGCGCGAUAUGCAACAUAUCGUUGUGAGAACAGCGAGACCUGAGAAUCUCAAGGCACCUGAUUGGAUCACCAAUGGCGUCCGCAGGAACGUUAGUCACAGUUUCGGAUAUGGUCUGAUGGACGCCGCUGCAAUGGUUCGUUUGGCGAGGAAGUGGAAAACUGUACCGGAGCAAAAAAAGUGUGAAGUUUCGGCCCCAUACUCGGGAAGGCAAAUUCCAGCGAAAAGUCAACUGGUCCUCAAGUUGGACGUGAGAGAGUGUACCGAAGUCAAUUACCUCGAGCACGUUCAGGCGAAAAUAUCGUUGACGGCAAUGAGGAGAGGCGAUCUUCAGAUACAGCUGACUUCCCCUAACGGCACCAGAAGUACCCUGCUAGCGAAGAGGCCUCACGACAAUUCAAAGGCCGGCUUCAAUCAAUGGCCAUUCAUGUCUGUGCAUACGUGGGGUGAAAUGCCUCACGGUGUAUGGAAGUUGGAGAUUCAUAACGAAGGUCGAUACCUCGGUCGAGCUACUUUGCACGAGUGGGCGUUGAUAUUUUACGGAACGUCGAGUCUCCCGGAUCGACAGGAGUACGGUCUUUACAACGCGGCUCGAGUGAAUCCGGCGAGGAAGCCGUUCGUCAAGGCGAGAGAGUCGAUCGUCUCGAAGAACGCGUUGCUGAACGGUUACGCUGGGAAAAUGAAGCAGAGUCAACACAGCAGCAGCAGCAGCAGCAGCACGAGCCAAGGAUACACGAUGACGUCGUCGGGGAACGGCUCCCCAAAAAAGAGCAAACUUCGUGGACAACACAAAAACGGCAAAUCCGCGAAUCGCGGAAGCUCCAGACCAACCGUACAAACUUUGCGCGGCUUGGCUCCGUACCGGGGAGGAAACGUUUUCAAUCCCGGAGCCGAUGAUCGUGCCACCGUUAUCGAAAGUACGAAACCCCGAGGAAAAAGCACUUUCCUUCCGCUCCAACAAACUACCAACAAACCCCGAACUCUUCUCACGAGCACCUUGAAAACUAGUGACUUUUUAACGCACCCAGCCAGACUGAGAGUCCCUCAAAUCCCGACUGUUUCCUCCCUCCAACGUGGACUCAUCCUCAUGGAACCAGCGCCUGCCAAGUCGUCGACCAAUCGCGUGCCUAUCGUCUUUCAACAGUACCCUAAAAUACAGCAAUUGUAUCCUCUGUAUCCGGUUUACGCGGGAGCACGAGGUGCUGGACCCGAACACCCUUCGAGAUUAAAAGGACUCGAAUUGCUUCAGGACCAACAGUUUGACACGAGAAAUCUUCAUCUUCCGGACAAGGACACUCUCGAGGAAUGGAACAUGGUGUUCUACGGGACGGAGAAAGCGUUGGAUAUCGACGAAGGACUUGACAAGGAUAAGCCGAUACCGAUGCCGCCGGAAGUGCCGGAGAUAGUUAACGAGAAUACGGAUACUUACGGAAUCCGUCCGAACGUAGUGGACGCCGAUGAGCUCCCGUGGACCGGGAGUCAAAAAGUCGAUCAAAUCUCACAUCCGGAGGUGCAAAAACCAACUACGGAGAAUCAGACGAGUGGGGCCGCCGGUUGCAUACGUAACGAUACUCGGGGUUGCCUAGAGUGCGACCGAAGCGGACAUCUGUACGAAGGUCUUUGUCUGACGGAAUGUCCAAAAAAUACGUAUCCAGUGAGCGACGAUCGAAAGAGUGUUUGUUCGAUUUGUCACUACAGUUGCGAGAGCUGCAGCGGAGGAUCGAACAACGAGUGUAAAUCUUGUCACAGCGACGCAACUUUGAUAUCAAUGUACAACGGUGACUCUCAAUGCAUACAAAAGUCUUUGGAAUGGAAGAGUCAAUCGACCAAAUGGUUUUAUUACAUGUCGAUACUUCUUGGACUCAACCUCACGUUGGCUGUUGGCGUCAUUAUUUAUCUCUACCUAUCGAGGAUUGUUGAAAAUCGAAAUAAUCAAAAUGGCCUUUAUAAUUAUAACAAAUUGCUGUCACCCGAAGAGGAGAAAACGAAACACGAGGAGCAACUGUUACCAGCGCGAAACGGCUGUUUAUCUGACAGUGACUAGUCCAACAAAAUAAAUAAAGAAACGUUACAAAAAUGCA